AUGGCAAAGAAGAAGGACAAGAGAAAGCGUCCGUCAGAGCCGGAGGCGAUCAAUGAAGAGCCCAUGCCAACGGAGUCCAUUGCUGAGUUCAUUGCUGAGCCCGAACCGCCAGAGGCUGAACCAGUAGAGGCCCAACUGUCAGAGCUGCCUGGUAUUGAGUACAACCAGCCCGCAUCAUCCCCCUAUGAAUACCCCAUCGCAAUCGUCAAAAUUGGGAGAAAGAGCUACGGAAUACCUGCCUACUACAUCCGAUGUAUACCCCAGAUAAAGUGCGAAUUCGAAUGGCACCCACUAGGCAGCGUCUCACUCACCGACGUUGACGAGGAUAUUGGUCACACAUUUGUUCACUUUCUUUACACCGGACAGUACGAGACACUCUAUUCGAACUGCGACCGUGUCAGGGAAUAUAGGAGAAGUGUGUUCGCAUACCAGGCAGCUAGGAAAUACGGGCUGCCUGUGCUAGAGGCACUCGCCAAAAGAUAUAUUGAACAUUUCAGUGAAUUUACGCCGCUUGAGAACAUACUUGGUACGGCCGUGGACGUGUUUACGAAGCUGCCCCACGACGAGGUAUGGUUCCAAAGAUAUCUCAGGGGGUACUUUGUUCAGUCCUACAGAGAGAACAUGCACUUUUUUCACCGAGACGAGUUCACCAAAUCAACAGGAAUGUGUCCUCCUCUUGACAGGAUUAUUCUGCAACUAACUGUUGAUAUCCUGUCCUCUCGUAUCGCGGAGCUGGAAAGUACCAUUGAGCAGGCCAACGAACUCAAGCCCGAGACUGAAUUUGAGUCACUACCUGAACCUGCACCGGAGCCCGAGACUGAUAUAGCAGCUAAAUCGGCGCCCGAGCCUGAGUCGAGCGCACCAACGAGAGCCAGCGAUUAUGACGCAGAGUCCUCUGCGAAUUAUGUGGAGCCUGCCGACCUGGGAUACUCAGAAGAAGCGGCCUCAUUUCCCGUGCCUGAAGAGCCCGGCAAGCCUGAAACAUGCGAUUUGCCAGAAUGCACAGCAGAGAGCUCAGUCGAAGUUGAUCCGCCGGCUGCGACAUUUUCCCCUGCGCAGCCGCAUCUCGAGACAUAUGGUAACGGUGACGUUUCACCUGGGGCCCGGUCUCCUGUGGAACUAGGCCCUGUCGCAGAAAACGCCCAAGGAAAAUACCCCUCCCAGGAGUACCCUGUCCCAGAGCCCGUGCCCUCUGACACUAGUGAUGGCUUGUACGGCAGCACCUCGAAGAUGAAAAAGAAAAAGGGAAAGAAUAAGAAAAAGAACCGUCCUAUGGUUCCGCCUCCCCCUGUCCCUAUAAUUUGGAGCUAAGUCUCCGAUCACACAUGGCCAAGGCAUGCCAGCAGCUUUUACGUUGACUGACUUGGCGAAUUGUAGUUGUUUGUGUUCAGCUUUAGUAUGGAUGUCAAGUACGGGAAAUUGAACCAGUGCUGCUAGUCGUAUCUAAUGAUAUUUGUUCUUCUUUGUCU